AUGUCGGCAUGCACCGUUAACAAACCGUCGACGUUGGCGCCUUUACCAAACGGAUUGCAUCAUGGCCUGACAGCAGUAACUAUUCUAGCUCUUCUCUCGCUGGUCACCUCAUCGGCACUGUUCCUUCAUCUCUCGUACCGUCUUCUGGUCCUAGGCCACCGACGGCGUACGAAUCAUCCUCAGCAUGCUCACGCCAAUCAAUUCAUCAUCCUCAUCUUCAAUCUGGUCCUCGCGGACAUUCAACAAUCAGUGGCAUUUGCUCUCAAUGCCGAAUGGAUAACCACCAAUAGCAUCACGGCCGGUACGGCCACUUGCUGGGCACAAGGCUGGUUCGUCAGUACGGGAGACCUCGCUUCAGGAGUCUUCACUUUCGCCAUCGCCGUCCACUCCUUUGCCGACAUUGUCUGCUCGUAUCGACUCUCACGGCCAAUGUUCCUGAUCACCAUAGCCCUCCUAUGGACCUUUGUUUACUUGGCAGCUCUCAUCGGAAUCGCCAUGCACCCGGCCGACUUCUACACUCGCGCGGGAUCCUGGUGCUGGAUCAACGCGGCCUACAUUAACGAAAGAUUGUGGCUGCACUACUUCUGGGUGAUCAUCAGCGAGUUCGGAACAUUGGUCAUCUACACUAUCAUCCUUCUUAUCCUAAGCAAGAAAUCAUCGACACCCGCUUCCCGCGCCGCCAAACUCAUAGUCGCCUAUCCGAUCAUCUACGUGGUGUGCACCCUACCGCUCGUGGUCGCACGCUUACGGAGUAUGGCGGGCCAGAACGUGUCGUUCGAGGAACUCUGCGUUGCAGGCGCCAUGAUCACGAGCAACGGGUGGCUGGACGUAUUGUUGUACUGCCUCACCCGCCGAGCACUCAUCUUUGGAUCCGACGAAAUGCUCGGCGACAUCACGGCGCUGGACACUUUCAACACCGACAGCAACUGGCGACCCGACUUCGCAUUCGGCACAACCACCACCAUCGAAGCAAACAGACAAGCAGCGAGCGGCGGAUCUCCCACAGUACGACCAAGCAUGGAGGCCCUGUUCGGCAAGCACGGGCGGUCAAGAUCAGUGAAGACGGAGACGGUGGUGGAAGUUCAAUCAGAGAUCAUGCCACCAGAAGCCGUGUAUCUGGCGGAGAAGUCGAGGAGGAAGAGGGUGCGGAUGGAAAAAUGA